UGCACUAUCUGCACUAUCUCACUUAAAUCAUCCCUUGUACUAAAUAAUUAAAUAUACGUUUCUGGUCCUAAUGUUGUCAGGUGUAUUAUUGGGAUUUCAAUUCUAAAAGCAGUCUGUAAUCUUAUGUAAGAAGAGUCGCCCAUUAAUAGGCAAACAUAAGAUCAUAUACACCAUGGCGUUCUCUUUUGAUCUUUUAUUUUUCUCAGUUUCCUCAGUUGUAUUCCUUCUAGCCCUUUUGAAAUGGUUCUAUGCUGCUUCUAAACCCCAAAAAAAGCUACCACCAUCUCCACCAAAGCUCCCAAUAAUUGGAAAUCUUCACCAGCUUGGCUUGCUUCCGCACAGAUCCCUCCAGUCAUUGUCAAGAAAAUAUGGCCCACUCAUGCUACUUCAUUUUGGAAGCAAGCCAGUGCUGGUAGCCUCUUCCGCUGAUGCAGCUAGCCAGAUCAUGAAAACCCAUGAUCUGGUUUUUUCAAACAGGCCUAAAUCGAGCAUUAAAGAUAGACUAUUCUACGGAAGUAAGGACGUAGGAUUUACACCGUAUGGUGAGUAUUGGAGACAAGCCAAAAGCAUUUGUGUGCUGCAUCUUUUGAGUAACAAAAGGGUUCAGUCAUAUCAGUAUGUUAGAGAAGAAGAGACAUCACUCAUGAUCGAAAAGAUCAGCCAGAUGUGUUCUUCUUCACCUGUAAACUUAACUGAAAUAUUUGUAACUCUCGCAAAUGAUAUAAUUUGUAGGGUUGCCCUGGGGAGGAAGUAUAGUGAGGAAGAAAAAGGAAGGAAAAUUAUGGAAACUUUUAUGGUUUUUGUUGAGUUACUGGGUGUUUUUGAUGUAGGAGACUACAUUCCUUGGCUUUCAUGGGUUAAUCGUUUCAAUGGUUUGGACUUGAAAGUGGAGAAAUUUGCUAAACUGAUUGAUGAAUUUCUUGAGGGUGUAAUAGAAGAGCACAUAAAUAAGAGGAAAGGUGAGGCUGAAAAUGACCAUUCCGUUGAGGCAAGAUGCCUAGACUUUGUGGACAUUCUGAUCGAGGUUAAUAAGGAAAGCACUAUCGGCUUUGCUCUUGGCCGUGAUGAUAUGAAAGCUAUCAUCCUGAACAUGCUUGUCGAUGGAACUGACACAACAGAGUCAGUUGUGGAAUGGGCAAUGUCAGAACUUCUAAAGAAACCUAUAACCUUGCAGAAAUUACAGGCUGAGGUAAGAGAAGUGACCCAGGGAAAACCAGAAAUAACUCAAGAUGAUUUGGAGAAGAUGAGAUACUUAAAAGCAGUGAUUAAAGAAACUCUACGAUUUCAUGUUCCUGUUCCAUUACUGGUUCCUCGAGAAUCAACUCAAGACAUCAAAAUAAUGGGGUGUGAUAUACCAGCAGGCACACUAGUGUUGGUGAAUGCUAGUGCAAUUGCAAGAGACCCCCUGUUGUGGGAGAACCCUGAGGAAUUUCAACCUGAGAGGUUUCUGAAUUCCAAUAUAGAUUUUCGAGGUUUUAACUUUGAGUUAAUUCCUUUUGGUGCCGGACGAAGGGUUUGCCCGGGUAUCAACUUCGCCAUAUCCGUAAAUGAACUUGCAUUGGCAAAAUUGGUCAACAAAUUUAAUUUUGCGUUGCCUGAUGGAAUCAAGCCUGAGGAUCUGGACAUGACUGAAGCAGCUGGUAUCACAGUUCACAGAAAACAUCCUCUACAUGCUAUUGCCACCCCAUAUCUUUGUUAAUGGCUUCGUAUUCAUAUGCUUUCUUUUUUAUUUUUGUGGUCUUAUUUCUAGUGGAAGUUCUCGUACUAUUAAUAAGUGAUAAUAAUAAUGUAAUAAUAUAAAAAAAUAAAAAGGUAUUUUGUUUAA